AUGGGAUCCGUCGCUCCUCAACGAACUCCUUUGCGGAUUUUGGAUACCACCGCCGAGAAGCAGCCCAAUCGGCUCUACUGUGUUCACCCUGUCUCGUCGGAUAUCUCCCAAGGAUGGAAAAACAUCACUUUUGUAGACCUGGCAAAUGCCAUUAAUCGGAUGGCUCUUUGGCUCCAGGAAAAUGUCGCCUCUUCCGAUGCACCGCAAACUCUGGCAUAUAUGGGAGCCAACGACAUUCGGUAUUGCGCAUUCAUGUUCGCAUGCAUGAGACUCAGACACACAGCGCUGCUUCUCUCCCCUCGUAACUCGGAAUCAGCCUCAAGUCAUCUCCUUGGUGCUACUGGGUGCUCCAAGUUUGUGUAUAGCACCGAGCGGAGCAAACAGAUUGAAGAGUUAAAAGGGGCAAACCCAGAAUUGCAAGCAUGGGUGGCACCGGGUUUGUGGGAGCUGUUCGAUAGCAGCUCCGGCCCUGCGCCCAUGGUGAAGGAGCCCGCAGAGGAUUCAGAAGAUCGCAUCGCAGUCUACAUCCACAGCUCUGGUACAACCGGCCUUCCCAAACCAAUUCCAAUGACCAAUGGGUAUUUCCACGUACUUGAGCAAACCGGUCUUCUGCCACUUCCCAGGAACCGACAAAGCAGUAUAGUGGCUAUCGCAGAAAGAGGUAGACUGAUGUUUGUCAUGAGUCCCUUUUUUCACUUUAUGGGUAUUCUGAGUAUCAUGCAACCUAUUCUCUUCGAGACGCCUUUUGUGCUGAGCCCCGAGAAGCCCCUAACGGCAGAGCUUCUGGCUCAGAUUGUCACAGACACCAACCCUGAGACAUCUAUCAUUGCACCUUCUGUUUUGGAAGAGCUUAGUCAAUCUGAGCUCGGUAUGCAGUCUUUGUCUAAGUUUUGCCUCGUUGCAUUUGGAGGAGCACCCUUAGCACAGGAAAUCGGCGAUCGCAUCUCCGAGAUAACUCACCUCCAGUCGGUUCUGGGGUCAAGCGAAAACGCACUAUUUGGCGCGAUGAAGCACCAAAACAAACGCGACUGGCAGUACCUGGAGUGGAACCCCAAUGCUGGAUUUGACAUGCGUGAUGCCGGUGAAGGCUUCUUCGAGCUCGUUAUCCCGCGUGGGGACGGCCGGGCGGCUCACGCUGUCUUCCAUACAUAUCCCGAUAAGGAUGAGUACAAGACCGGCGAUCUCUUUGUUCGUCAUCCAGAAAAGGAAGGACUUUGGCUGUAUUCUGGACGCCGCGAUGAUGUGAUCGUUUUGAGCAACGGAGAGAAGUUUAACCCUACCACUAUGGAAGAGAUAAUCUCUAGCCACCCACUUGUUGCUCGAACACUCGUUGUUGGUCAAGGUCGCUUUCAAUCCGGUGCCAUCAUCGAGCCCAAUUGGUCUUCAUGGAGUGGCGAGCCAGAUGCAUUGAUCGAUGAGAUCUGGGCGAAUAUCAAGAAGGCCAACGAGUCCGCCCCAGGGCAUGCCCAACUCAUGAAAAACCGCAUCGGGGUGUCAUCUCGGGCAAAGCCAUUCCAGAUUACACCGAAGGGUACUGUCAAGCGACGUAUCGUGGUUAUCGAUUACGCCAAUGAAAUUGAUGCGCUCUAUGCCGGUGGCGAUCGGGUCGAUGCUGCGCAGAUACCCAAAGACGCGACGCAUCAAGACAUCAUUGCCUAUGUCACUGCAGCCGUGUCGGAGAUCUUGGAUGUCCCCUCUUUUGAUGAGAAUGCCGACAUUUUCUCAUCGGGUCUCGACUCCCUACAAACCCUCCACUUGGGUCAAGUUCUUCAAGCCUCUCUGAAGUCUGCUAGACCUGACUUGGGGUCGGUAUUCGGUAGCCCGCAACUUUACUCCCGUCCUACCAUCGCCCAACUGUCUGGAUACAUUCUUGAUAUCCUCCAAGGAAACGACUCAGCUCCUGAUGCAGCCAUUAUGGAGAGCGAUAGCGACCGGGAAACGAGAAUCGCUCAUCUGAUUGGAAAAUACACCGAAGAUUUUGGAAAAGGCCACGCAGUCAUUCUCACCGGAUCCACUGGCUCGCUUGGAGCCUAUCUGCUUCACGAGCUUCUGAGCGAUCUCAGCGUUACCAAGAUAUACUGUCUCAACCGAUCGAAUGAUGCAGCACCUAGGCAAUUGCAAAGCCUGGGCGAGAAGGGAUUGCGCACUUUUAACAAGUUCCCGCGCCGAGUGGAAUUCCUCCAGGCACAAUUUGGUGCCGAGAAAUUUGGGAUCGACGACGCAAAAUAUGACGAGAUGUUGCAGGAGGUAGACACCAUCAUUCACAAUGCCUGGAAGGUGAACUUCAACCACAGAGUCGAGGCUUUUGAAAACCCCCACAUCGCAGGUGUGCGUCGGCUCGUGGAAUUUAGCGUCGCCAGUGAAAAGGAAGCUCACAUUCAUUUUAUUUCGUCCAUCUCCACUAUUGAAGGUUACAGUCCAGAGAGAGGUCCUUCAAUACCUGAGAUUAUCUUUGAUGAUCCCAGCUCGGCACUCCGACAGGGAUACGGAGAGUCAAAGCAUGUCUCUGAGAGGAUCUGUGCUGCCGCCUCGGCUAAGUGUGGUGUUCCGACCAGCAUCCAUCGUGUUGGCCAGAUCGGAGGCCCGACGACAGAGAAGGGUAUGUGGAAUAAGCAGGAGUGGGUGCCAUCCUUGAUUGCCACAUCCAAGACCAUCAAGCAGAUCCCGAAUGGAUUGGGAUCAGUGUCUGUGCAGUGGGUUCCAGUGGACGUAACUGCAAAGGUUAUCAUUGACAUCGUCCGAACCAGACGUGGAACACAAGAGGAUGAGCCAUGUGCAGCCUUCCACAUCGUCAACCCCCGGGCCGCAGAAUGGCCAUCACUUAUCCCGGCAGUGACUAAGUACUUCGACAUGGAGCCGGUUGAUAUCAAAACAUGGAUCGAGACUCUUGAGAGUUUCACGAACCCCACAGAAAGUGAUCUCCAGGACAAGCCCGCACUCAAGAUUCUCGACUUUUUUAAGGCUAUCUCAUUCGCCGAUGAAGCUGGUCCGUGGACUGAAACCACCAAGACUCAAGCUGCCAGUAAGACACUGCAACGACUGGGGGCAAUUGAUCCGCCCCUUAUGGAGAACUGGAUAAAACAGUGGAAGUUUUGA